UCUCCGUUUUCCCAGCGCGAGGAUACGGAAGGACAAUUAAAUCUCCUCGAGCCAGCAGCAGACAGCCAUGCACCUGAACCGCGACGACGAGGACAGCAAAGGUUCUCUGUCCCUGAGCGUCUUCCUGGUGUCGGUCAGUCUAACGGUAUGUGUCGUGUGGCUCGUGGCACUGUGUGGUGUCUGUGGAUGGUGCCAGCGCAGACUGGGUAAGAGGAAUAAGCCGGGAGUGGACUCAGCAGGUUCUCCAGACUCAGUAUCAGUUCGAGGUCGGGGAGAGAAUAAAGCCAUCAAUGAUCUAGACAGAGACUUUUGGAAUAAUAAUGACAGCAGUAAUGUUCAGCAGCGGUGGAGCUCAUAUCCGCCCAAAGAGUUUCUUCUAAACAUGUCCCCCUACGCCCCGUACGGAGACCCCCGCCUUACACCCAAUUUUGGGGACACGUCCCUGUCCACCACUUCCACCCUGGAGCACAUCCCGUCCUCGGCCGUUCGCCCCAGGCCCCUGGUCAGGCAGCAGAGCCUCCAGCAGCCCCUAACCCACCAGCCCCCGCCAGGGCCCAACGACCCCCCAGCCACCUCCCAGAGCCUGGGCCAGUUGCACACAGGGCCCGGGGGUGGGGGCCACCGGGGGGGCCCGCGGGGGGUGCGUGGCAGUGGCAGCCCGGCUGGGGCGGGGGCGUCACGCUACAGGACGGGCGGAGGGGCACGAUCGCGCUCAAACCCGGGCAGCUGGGACCACAUGCUGGGCCAGAUCCGCAACAGAGGGAUGGAUGUCAAAUCUUUUCUGGAGGGGAAGAUGGUGGUGCUGUCACUAGCGAUCGGAUUGGCUGAACAGGACGACUUUGCCAACCUGCCAGACCUGCAGGAGAAACCGGCCAAUCAAGAAACUCCACCUGCUGACAAGAGGGCGGUUGGGAAUAAACCCAGCAGCAGCCCCAAAGGCCAGACUCCAGACGAGAGCCGCCGGACAGACGCCAACUCCUCUGUGUCCGACCUGGCCAAUUCCGUCACCAGCGACAUGCUGAUGCUAUCUCCUGGUUCUGAAGAGGAGGAGCAUGAAGGCCAGAUAUGUGAGAAGCUUGGGCGUAUCCAGUUCAGCGUGGGCUACAGCUUCCAGGACUCCACCCUCACCGUGAAAAUCCUCAAAGGUCAGGACCUUCCGGCCAAAGAUUUCUCCGGAACCUCAGAUCCUUUCGUCAAAAUCUACCUAUUACCAGACAAGAAGCACAAACUAGAGACCAAGGUCAAACGGAAGAACCUCAACCCUCACUGGAAUGAAACCUUCUUGUUUGAAGGUUUCCCGUAUGAGAAGGUAGUGCAGCGGACUCUGUACCUGCAGGUGCUGGAUUAUGACCGUUUCAGCAGAAAUGACCCGAUAGGAGAGGUCUCCAUCCCCUUAAACAAAAUCGACCUGGCUCACAUGCAGACCUUCUGGAAGGAGCUUAAGCCGUGCAGUGACGGCAGCGGGAGUCGAGGUGACCUGCUGGUGUCUCUGUGUUAUAAUCCCACGGCUAACAUCAUCACUGUGAACAUCAUAAAGGCACGCAAUCUCAAAGCCAUGGACAUCGGCGGCACCUCAGACCCUUAUGUGAAAGUGUGGCUGAUGCAUAAAGACAAGCGUGUGGAGAAGAAGAAGACGGUGGUCAUGAAGAGGUGCCUGAACCCCGUGUUUAACGAGUCCUUUCCCUUCGAUGUCCCUGCUCACGUCCUCCGGGAAACCACCAUCGUCAUCACAGUCAUGGACAAGGACAGACUGAGCCGUAAUGAUGUCAUAGGCAAGAUCUAUCUCUCAUGGAAGAGUGGCCCGGCGGAGGUAAAACACUGGAAGGAUAUGAUUGGCCAUCCUCGCACUGCUGUCGCCCAAUGGCACGCCCUCAAAGCUUAAAGGCCCCGCCCCCCAGUUCCACCCUCAAGAGGAGAAACCACACCUUCAGACCCCUGUUUAUAUGCACAAGAUUGAACACGGGUACCAAAAGCCAUCCAACACUUUCUCUCUCUUUCUCUCUCUUUCUCUAUAAGCUCCACAGAGGGGCUACGGAGGUCCCCGUUUCGUUUUCCUUUGCCCACUUUUAUCUUCCUGCUCCCAGGCCCUACUUUUCUUCUUUUCACCAAAAAGAGGCUGAGCACUGCCAAGAAGAUUUUCAAAAGAUCCUGUGUUGUUCAGAGGAAAACAGGCUUGUCUUCCUUGAGAUUAAUCUCGACUGCUCAACUGUUCCAGGAACAGUUUGACAACCAAACAGGGUGACUGCCACUAUAUCAAACUUCCAACAUGAAAGAAAAAAAAUCCCCCUCACCCAAAAAACACAACUGCCCCUCUACUGCCAUGUUUCAUGUUUUUGUAUUUUUUUCACUUUUUGCCCUUUUCCUUCUCAAAAACCUUCAGAGAAGAUCCAGAAGGAUCAGUUCGCAGUGCAAUACGUGAUGGAGGGAGAGACAAACUUCUUAUCGUAAACUUUUUUCGUCAUCUCUCGCUGUUUUUUUCCUGGCACAAAGUGUAGAAACCCCUCUUUGC